AUGCAUUUCACAUGGCUACUAGUGCUGAUGAUCACACCACUUGUGAUCGCUGAUUCGGAACAAUGUCGAUACGAACGAUCAAACGAUAUGUUGAAAGCUUUUUGCAACGACAGUACAUACAAUCUCAUUCCCCAGGAUUUGAACAAAACGAUAAUGGUAUUGAGCGUCAGCAACAAAAACAUGAAUCUCGACAACAAGACUUUUGCCAAUUACCUUCGACUGGAAGAGCUCUACCUCCAAAAUAAUACAAUAAUGAAGAUCCACGAGGAUGCUUUUGCACCUCUCCAACAUUUAAAAAUCCUCGAUCUUCGGCACAAUCGUCUUACAAGUGUGCCGUACAACAUCUUCGUUCUUCCGAAUCUACGUGUACUUGAUCUGAGCCAUAAUAUACUGUACAACGAAUCGUUCGAGUCCGUAGAGGCCACCUCACCCAUAGAGAGCCUAAGUAUGGCGUGGAAUAUGAUAACAAAGAUGCCAAGCUUCAAGUCUUUGUACAAAGUCACAGAGCUAAAUCUCAAUUCCAACAUAAUUAGUGAGAUUCCCAUCGAUAAUCUGGCGUCUAUGUGUUCACUGGAGAAGCUCAGCGUGAGCUCUUUGUACUACAGUAAGGAGGAUGAGAAGUGCGAGUGCGAGAAGUUAAAAAAAUCGGCCCACGAAUGGGGAAUCAAGGUACUGGAUGCCAAGGAGAACCGUAUCCGGGAGUUGCGCAACGACUCGCUCUCCAAGUACACGAACCUGCGCUACCUGUACCUACAGGACAACUUUGUGCAGCAGGUGGCCGACCGAGCGUUCGAGCCCACCUACUACCUCGAGGUCCUCGACCUGUCGAAAAACGGGAUCUUCAAGCUCCCGAGUACCAUAUUCCAGCUGCAGUACCUGCGCAACCUCUACCUCAACCACAACAAGCUAAAGGAUGAGGUUUUCAACGUGGACGGGGUCAAGUCGCCCUUGCAAUGGCUCCACCUGGCCGACAACCUGCUCACCCAGUUGCCCCAGCUCAAGUCGAUGGUCACCGUCACGCUGCUCAACGUAUCGUACAACGACAUUGCCAAGAUCACGGCCGACGACGUGGCGCCCCUUUGCUCCCUCCAACUGUUGGAUCUCACGGGUAACCCCGUGAGGUUCAACGCCACAAGCUGCGAGUGCCACGAGUUCAAGGAGUGGUGCAAGUUCAGAAAGAUCACGCUGAAAUCCAACAUCGACUGCCCGGCCGGCAUGGAGAAGUACUGCGUGUACAACUCGCCCCGCGACUUCCCGAACCGCACCUUGAGCCUCCACAACAACUGCCUCCUGAGCCUGCGCGACCGCGCCGAGGCCCAAAAGGCUCGCUCCGCCUGGAUCUGGAUAGCCUCGUGCAUCAUCGCCUUCAUGUUCUGCAUAUUCGUCGCACUUUGUUGCAUGCACAAGCGCGACCGGGGCAAACGCCGGCAAUUGCUCAAGGAGCAGCAGAUACACGCGGCCAACAACGCCAACACCGAGCAGCUGCUCAACAAGGAGCCGAUUCGCGAACAAUCGUAAAUCGGGGGGGGGGCUCCUUCUUUUGGCUUCGGGUAUACUUUGGGGGAGGCAUUCGAACGGGAUAGGACUCGUUGUUCCGGUGUCCGUUCGUCGUAUCUCGUGGGCGAGAAUGUGUGUGUAUGUGGUUUGCUGUUAACUAAUCAGUUACGCGAGGGGUACUUAAAUCGACAAGUUUUCUUUUAAUCUGCUUGAGUUAUACUUAACCGAAAUUCAACGAUUAUACGAACGAAUCUCAAUAUUUUUGUCGGCUACGCGUGUAAGAUAAUACAAUCAUAAGCUGUAACUACUCUAGGUGUGCUCAUGAUUUGCGAAUUCAUACAUUAUAAUACAAACACUUACAUAUUAACUAAGCUUUACAUGGUUUAAUAAUAAUCACGAAAAUUAGCGAAAUCAAAGUAAAAUAUAUAGUUAAGAACAUUGUUAAAGCUAUCGUGUUAAUCGUAUCUCGAAAUGUCUAUGUCACUGAAAGGAAUUUAUAAAUAAUCACAAUUAUAUUAAUGAUGAUGAUGUAAAUUAUUUAUCGUUCGUAAUGCCUCCGCCAAAGUUACAUGGGAAAAAAAAAAAAACAUUCUGAUGCAGUCUUUUGAGAUUUGAUUGUUCGAAAAAUCUGUAAUUUAAGGACUAUGUGUAAAUUAAUUUUUUAAACGAUAUUAUACAUAUUGCAUUGAGAGUUUACUCUAUUGUAUAUGUUAAUUUUACGGAAUUAUCGAUUCAUAAAUUAUAAAGAAUCAAAAAUUGUACAUACAUAACAUAUAAAUAAUUAUCGAUACAAAUUUUAAGAUGAUAAUUUACACUUGGAUUGUCGUGAUGAAUGUGGCAUUAUACACAGUUUGUUGGAUCUGUUUUUCGUGCAGAGUAUAAUUGUAAGAAAAUUUUAUCGACAAAUUAAAAUAUCAUUAACGACAAUUGCAAUAAUAUCUACUGAUUACCUAAAUUUUAAAACUAUAUUAUCGAAUUUUGGAAAAUGUUUAUAAAGUAUGAAAAUCAAUUGUUUCCAUACUGAUUUUAAAGAUGUUUUUUAAGAAAAUAAAUAUAUCUCGCACAUGCGAAUCGUAUUCCGUUGUUUGCAUCGAACUUUUGUACGGCGAAAAAUCAACCAAAAAACGUUCCACCCUGCGCUUUUCACUUUUGUACGAUAUAACAUGCGUUUCCUAUACAAAAAAAUAUAUCCAAUAGUCCUCGACGAAUAAAAAUCAAAAACGUGUCUUCAGAUAUGUACCGAUUACUGUACUCGAAGCAAGAUUGACGAAACAGGAUGUGUCAUCUACUUUUUCUUUUUUCUUUUUUCGGCGUAUAUUUUAAGAUUGUCGUUACACGUGUUUAGUACGUCUAGUAAAUAAAAAUGACGUGGUAAAACAAAAAGAAAGAAAAAUUUAAGAAAUCACAUGGAUUUUCUUGUUAACGUUUUCUCUCGCAUAUCAAAGGUUCAGAUUUUGACAUAUCCUGAAGAAAAAUAUUUAAUAACGACCUUAAAUCCUGUAUGAAUGUACGCAUGUGGCUGAGCACGUGCCCAUUGAAUUAUAAUAGAAUUAUUAAUGUACGUUAUACUCGAAACAUUGUAUUAGAACGUAAGCAUUACAUUUACUGUUGAGACUAUAAGAAGACUAGGGAAAAAAAAGGCAAUAAAAGCUCGACUUUAGUGGAAUGAAAAUCAACCAAACGCUGCUGUACACACCUCAAAGUUUGGCCCCUGUAUUCCUUUACUGGAUAAAACUGGUUACUUUCUACUUUUACGCGUUCGGUGAAAGCGAGCGAUAACGGGGUUUUCAACCAAGGAUGGAUAAACUUUGGUGAAGUAAAGAAAAGAAAAAAAAAAAAAAAAAAAAAACAACUU